AUGUACGACCCUCUGGAGACUGUCAAUCCUGCUGAUCUCAUCAUCCCCAGGAGUGAAGACAUGGCUGUGUCGACAAGUAAUGUCUCUUCACUCCAGAACAGCCAAACCUUUGUGCAGAAUCGUGAUGAACCGAACAUGGCACCUUUGUGGACGCAGACUGAAUGGAAUGGAUUCGUGCAGCAGUCUGCUCAGCAGCAAUUGGAUGCCUAUCCUACGUGGGAGGCCACUGCCACGAAUCCUUAUGGCGUCUAUGGGACGAGUCCACCGACUCCUGGGUCUUUCAAUAUGCAAUCCCUAGCUCGACGACUGGGGUCUUACGAUAUGACCAAUAGCCAGGAAGGCAGCUUCGACCAGUUCAGCAUCUCUCGGGACGCUUCCUUCGAGUCAGUUGAACAAUGCUAUGGGGGCUCUUCGACACCAGGACCGAGCAGUCGACGAAAGGCGAAACGAAGACGGGGCAGGCUACUGGCUGAUAUGACUUACAGCGGCCACAGUACCGUCUUUGAAGACAGCGAUAGUCAUCAUUCCUGGACCGCCGCCGACAAUACCGAGGACUGGGUAUCCUACCUCCGCGAACGACUGACGGACUUUCGACGUUGUCGCGAGAGGGUCGCACUCAUCACUUCACCCUUGCAGACACGUCAAAGAAGGAAGGUCCACUCGAUGGCGAAUCUUUGGGGCUUGAGCCACCUGAGCAUUGGAAGUGGAAGGGAGAAGAGGGUGCUGCUUUGCAAAUGCGAAUUGACAAAAGCUCCCUCGUACUUGCCGUUUGGACUGAGCAAGCGAUGGAACCCGACGAAGAACAACUGGUCGCCUGGCCUGGUAGAUCCUAGAAUCGUUCUGUUCGAUCUGCUCUCGCCGCGGUUGAGCGCUACCAAGGUUCGGCAGUGUCUGAAGGAGGCCGGGCUGCCUCUGCCGACGAAGAUCGCUAUUGAUCGGUUCAAUCCGAUGAAGACUGGCGUUGUCCAACCCGUCGCCACAGGCUAUGCGAUGUUCGAUAACGCAGACGACGCAGCACUGGUUCUGCUCGCACUGGACGGCACGAAGCCCAACUGGAACAGUUCUGACGCCGAGAUCGAAUGCGAUUAUGUCCACUUUCCCCCUGGAUUCGAGCUAAACAACGCGACCCUCGAAGCCUUCGAUGCUCUACCCGAUCUCGUACGCAGGGAGAAUCUGAAGUUUCGCGAAGGAAGGAUGUUCUCUAGCAUCCGGUCGAGGGACGAGAACAACGCCCUGUACUCUUCGACUGAAUCAGAAGCCGACGACUACAGCAUCACUUCACCCGGCCUGUCCAUCCCCACCAGAAGAUACGGCUCCCGCAAGACCUCCAACGAAUCCUCCUAUUCCCGCGACCCAGGCUACGUCUCCGGCGGCUCCACUCGCAGCCUCGUGGCCUCCGACUACAGCUCGCAAACCAGCAUCACCAAGAAACGCAAACGCGUGCCCAAAAUCUCCGGCGGCUUCGCGUGUUCCUUUGUCGGCUGCGACCGGGUCUUUGACCGCGAUGGCGAUCGAAGGAAACACGAGAAGAACCAUACGGCGGAACGGCCACAUGUUUGCGAGAAAUGCGGGAAGGGGUUUCUGUUUCCGAAGGAUUUGAGGAGGCAUAUGAUUGUCCAUUCGAUUACGGAGUUGCCUUCGGGGGGCGAUGAGGAGCAGAGGUCGGAGCAGGAGACUGCGUCGACUGUUAAGGAGAAAGGAAGGGAGAGGGAGAGGCCGCAGGCUUCUCCGACAGCUUCAAUCGCUGAAGAUCGAUUGAAACGCAUCUAUGGCAAAGCGGGACCACCAGAUCGAAGGAUCAGUAGAAUCUCAUCAUUCGGAUAA